CACAAGUUCUGCUUUCGGGAUUGAUCGAGAUCAUGUCCAUUCCAGCCACUCUAGCAAAUGAUCUGUUUUGGGUUGUGCAGGAAGAAGCCUUGAGCGAUGAAGAGGUGUUCCUUGCCGCCGACAGCACCCCGCUCAAUUUCAAUUCAAUCCAUGCCAUGAAAUCGAAAGUGCGGGUGACAAAGGAACGACACCGACGACUGUUACGGCGUAUGGUGUGCCAAAACGCAGACGAACUGCAGUUACUGCAGCGUGACUUUGCACGAAGUAUCGAUCGCGUUUUUCUCCCGCCAAAAACCAAACCCCAAUUUGAAAUACGGGACGGUCGAUCCUUUCUGUUAGACAAUCAACAGCUUCUUAAAGACACAGCCUCCUGGGUCACAUCCGUCAUCCAUGGGCAAACUCCAACCACUUUGGAACAUCCAACGGCCCCACCUUCCACCGAUCAAAACGACACCAACACUGCAUACCAGGAAACCAUCGAGAACCUUUAUCAAGCACGAGUGGAUAGUGUCACAGAGAAACACCGUCAGCAGUUAGAAAGUCUACGAUGGGCCUAUUUGGAAGAAUUAACCCAGCUCAACAGUACACUGGCUCAGGGACACCUCAAGCAAGGACUUUCAUCGGCCACUACCAAAUCAACAACACCGUCAUCAUCAUCAGGGCCCAAGUCUGCACAGACACAGGCAUCACAAGCAUCACCGGUUGCGCCUGCUCCAUCAGCGACAGCUUCCCCAUCCACUUCCUCUGCAUUCACAUCUACCUCGGCCACUUUGUUCAAAAAACCUACCUCCUCACGAUCCGUUUCUUCCAAUCCUCCUUCCAACCCCAGUGCCCUUUCUACACCCUCCACCAGUAUACCUGAUGUCAUACCAUCGGUCAGCGCCACAACAACUGCAACGCGUGAUCCUCGUAGACGUCUUCAACCUCCUCAACCUCCUCCUCCUUCUGCUGCUCCUGCUCCUGGUGCUAUGCCGACGGCAACAGAAACCAAGCAGCAAACCACGAUACAUAACAUGAAUGCACCGCCAAGUGUCCGACCGGCAGCCGAAUCUUCAGCAAAGGUGGAGUCAGGUAUUCCUGAGGUGGUCAGCGUUCAUUCCAAGCCGGCACCAGGUCCACCUCCAGUAUUAAGUUCAUCACGCAAAGCACCCGCAGCAUUCAGCCAUGAGAUUCCCGUGGUCAGUGCCCAGCCACGAAAAAAGAAGAAGAAACUGUUAUCGAGAACACGCGCCAAAGAUCAGAUGCCAAUGAUGACGAAUCGUGGUAAUAUUGCCGUGGUCCCUCACGAAGCGGUUUCUGGGACACCUCAAGUGGUAUGCCGGACGACGAAUGGACCGAUUUAUCUCGGACACCCCAUGUGUUACCAGGACGCGAAUCUGUAUAAAACAGUGAUGGAUAAUGGAAAGCGAAAUCCCGUCUGUGUUCGCAACAUUGAAGGCACCACCUAUUUCUUCACCCAGCAAGCCGACAAAAGAACCAUCAAUGUGGGCCCCACAGAAGAAAUCAUGAAGACUGUAGGCAAAUUCUUUUUGAACUACGGUCCCAGUCCAGCAGAUUAUCGAAAAGACUAAAAUUGCCCCGACAACCCAUCCUAACAAUGUCUUGAAAUGAAUGGAAAAAAAAAUAUUGUUCUUUCAAAGAAACGCAUCAUCAUGUAGUUUCCCAGGGAACAAUGAUUUUUUUUUUUAAA